AUGGCCAACAUCGAUCCGUUCCUCCGCAUGCCCCAGAUCUGUUUGGCGGCCUCGAGAAAGGCUGUGCUGGUUCCCAAUAGGUUUAUAUCUUCGCUGAAGGAGUUCCAUGUUGCACUUGCAACUGCGUUGACAAAUAUUGUGCAACGUUGGGUUGUCGACGAGUCGGACUUGCCAUCGCGCAUGCCGCUCGAAAGAAAUGAAGAGGACAUUCUGAGGUGGAUACACGAACUCACCGAAAAGAAACUAUUUCCCGCAUACGAAGGCCAUCAGGGGAAUUGGCGACCCGACUUCCUGCUUCCCAGGGAUAAGGACGGAUUCCAAGUCUGCGAAAUCAAUUCCCGGUUCCCAUCCAACGGCAUCGAUUUGACCGCAUUGAUCUAUAAGUCUCUGGAUGAUUCAAAGAUCAAGCCCCCUGAUCUUGGAGUAGCUGGAGACCCUGAGCACAUGUUGAGCCGUCUGACUGCGCUGUUUCACUCAACGCAAGCGCGAUCUCUUCACUUUGUUCAGAAUGAGGAAAAUCACCCGAUGGUCGAAAGCCUUAUGAGAUUUCUGGGCGAUUUGAAUCCACGACUUUUGAAACCUGACGACCUGCGUCUCGUAUCUGAUAAGACCUCGCCGACUGGGUAUAAACUCCAAUCUGCCGAUAUGGAGGACAUUCAACAGGUGGCACUCCGCCUGUUUACUCGGGAAUUGGCGUCUCUCUCUCCCGAGAUGCAGCGACAGCUAGCGUUUCUUAGCAGCAACGACAUUCGGUCGAUGUUUUUGAUUCAUGAUAAACGGAUCUUGGGGAUCCUGCACCAGGAAUUAAACGACCUAGUGAAUAAGCAUCGUGUCUUGUCACGAAGACAGGCUGACAUGUUGCGGGAACAUGCUAUUUUCACUAUCCUCCCUGGAUCAAAAGAGCUACAGGAGCUCAGCGAUUCAUAUUAUCAAGGAAAGGUGUCCAAGGAUGAUUUUAUUCUCAAGCCCAUCCGGUCGGGCCGCGGACAAGGUAUCGCUUUUGGCGAAGACUUGAGCAUCUCCGAGUGGGAGGCUAUCCUUGCCGAUAUGAAGAAGCCAGAAAUAACAAUCCCUAAUCGGACAGUGUACGUCAUUCAGCCUGUUGUAGAUCAGGCCGAAGGGAACAUGUUCCUAAAUGAGGAGGCCGGGGUCCAGCCAGUGCAGCGGGUGGGCACAUAUCACAGCAUGCAUGGUGAAUUUGCGGCAUUAGGGGCGUGGAGGGUUGGAGUCUCAGCCAACCGAACGACCAACAUGGCUAUGGGAGAUGCUUGGAAGAUGGGUAGUGUCGUGAUGAAAAUGAACUAG